AUGGCAGACACACCAGAGGAAGUCUUGGGCUUUGUCAGGCCAAAACCACCACGCGCCUCCAUCUUCUUUGAUCUUCCCGCGACACCCCAUAAGCAGCCACAACAUGUUCAUAUGGCUCUAGACAGCAUCUCCCACAUGCUCAUGGAGGAAGAUAUUGUUGAAAAAAUCAUGUGCCAGUACCCUGAUAACCCGAUUCUCCUACAAGCCCAGCAGCCCUUCGCAGAAAUCCUCUAUGGUGCCUCCGACAUAGUAACAUCGUCUAAUGGCCAGGAGUUCUCGGCACCCAUCAUGCCUUCUUCUGCAUUGCUGCCCAGCCAGGACACUGUGGAACCCAAUAGCAUUGAAGGAAGCACCAGCAUGCAGAUGAUGUCAACAAUGGCAUUCUUGAAAGGCAUGGAAGAGGCCAGACUGUUCUUGCCCGGUGGAGAUAAUGAGAGGUUCGCCUGUAAGAAAAGGUUUCAUGAGGAUGGAGAUGUGAGGGAUAAUAACGUGGGCAGGAGAAGGAAGCAAAUCAUGAUUUCUGAAUCAGAGGAACAAGUCACCGCACGCAACUUGUUGGACCAGCUCGUGCUCAAGGACCAUGGCUUGGGCUCCGGUGCAACCCAGAAGCCCACAAGUGAGGUAAAGCAACAGAACAUAUGCAUGCAGGUGCCGCGCAUCAGGCGUGGCAUGGCGCAGAUGAUUGUGGUCGACCUAGAAACACAAUUGUUCCGAUGCGCAGAGGCGGUGGCCACCAACGACCGACACAACGCAGGCAGGUUGUUAGAGAUAAUCAAAGGACACUCAUCACCAACGGGGGACACCACAGAGCGCCUGGCUCAUUACUUUGCUGAGGGGCUAGAGGCACGUCUGGCUGGUGCAGGGAGCGAGCUCUACCUCUUACUCAUGACGGUGAAACACUCCUCCGUCGUGGAAUUUAUCAAGGCCUAUCAGCUUUACAUGGAUGCCACCUGCUCCACCAAGGUGGCGUUCCUCUUCUCCAACAAGACCAUUUAUAACAUCGCCGCGGGAAAGAGCAAGCUGCACAUUGUACACUACGGCAUCGGGGAUGGUCUCCAGUGGACAGACUUACUCCGCUGGUUCGCAGAAAGGGAGGGAGGGCCUCCGGAGGUAAGGAUUACUGGCAUUAACAGACCACAAACUGUAUUUCAUUCUGCCAAGCGGACUGAGGAGGCAGGUCACAGGCUAAUCCUUAGUGCACGCAAGCUUGGUGUGUCAUUCAAGUUCCGCGCCAUCACCGCAAAAUUUGAGACCGUCCGUGUUGAGGAUCUCGACAUCAAUCCUGACGAGGUACUCAUCGUGAACACCAUAUUUCAGUUUAGGACCCUAAUGGAUGAGACCAUAAUUGUUGAUAGGAUAAACCCAAGAGACCAGGUCCUAAACACUAUCAGGAAGAUGAAGCCAGCUGUCUUCAUACAUGGUGUAGUCAAUGCAUCAUACUGUGCGGCCUCCUUUGUAACACGUUUCCGCGAGGCACUCUAUAACUUCUUGGCGGGGUUUGACUUGAUGGAGGCCACUGUCCCACGAGACAAUAACUUGAGGGUUGUAGUCGAGCGUGACAUCUUCGCACGGUCCGCCAUGAACAUUAUCGCCUGCGAGGGUGCAGAUAGGGUGGAGCGUACUCAACACUACAAGGAUUGGCAAGUACGUAAUCAGCGAGCGGGCCUAAAGCAGCUUCCAUUGGAUCCUGACAUUAUUAGUGUGCUGAAAGCUCAAGUGAAGAAGCGCAACCAGAAGAAUUUUAUGAUCAACGAGGAUCACCAGUGGCUUCUGCAGGGAUGGAAAGGUCGUGUGCUCUCUGCCAUUUCGAUAUGGGCAGCUAAUAAUGUUACUAGCUAACUGUCACUCAACAUAGUUUCA